UGUUAGUGUGAAAAUCUUUGAUUCUUAUGGUAUAAACUGCCCACAAAAAUGGCUUGCUAUUUCAAGUUAAUUGCUCUUGUUAUGUUGCUAUGCAUUAUUCUCCCAAGGUUUUCAACUGAUGACGACAGACAUUUCAACUCCACAUCUGUCAGAGAACUGCUUUACUCCUCACAUCAAGAAAGCCUUCAAAUGUUACACGAAGCCUCACUCCACUCUAGACAACGACGAAGCUCACCCUCGUCUUCCACGCACUUGUUUACAUUCCUUCGGCAAACCGAGCCUGAGACCCUAGAGAUUUCCCGAGCUGCAGAGGUCUUUCAAACAACUCUGCAAGUCCUAAAGAACAGAGCCAGACAGAGAUAUAAAAGGGAUGUCACGGCACCAGAGCUGCUUUCCUGGGAGGACGUGGAGCUGAUUGCAGAGCUGUCUCAAUGUCCUCCUGUAACACAUCCGGCCAUCUGUCUGCAAAGUCAUCUCAACAAGUACCGCUCCAUAUCUGGCGUCUGCAAUAACAGGCAAAAUCCUCUCUGGGGAGCAGCCAACACUCCCUUGGUCAGGUGGCUUCCAGCUGAAUACGAGGACGGAGGGAGAGAACCCAAGGGUUGGAACCGGGGACGGCUCCAUAAUGGAUUCCAACUUCCCCCGCCAUGGGAAGUCAGCAAGAAAAUAGUGAGGAGCUCUACUAAACAGUCAGAUGACGUCUAUUCUCACAUGCUGAUGGAGUGGGGCCAGUACACCGACCAUGACAUAACCUCUACCCCUCAAAGCAAUAGCAAUGAUGGUUCUUGGACUGGGGCGGAUUGUUCGAACACAUGUCAAAAUGUGCAUCCAUGCUUUCCCAUUGAGACAGAUGAUAUUAAAACUGGUGCACAAGGCUGCAUGCCUUUUCAUCGCUCCAAACCGGCCUGCUAUGUCAAUUUUGGGUCUGAUAUUCGACAAGCCCUGCAGCGACAACAGAUGAACGGCAUCACAUCGUUCAUGGAUGCUUCGGUUGUGUACGGCCACACUCCGAGGCUGGAGAGCUCCCUCCGUGACCUCGCUGGCCUCAACGGGAAACUUGCUGUCAACGACCUAUUCAGGGAUCCCAAAGGAAGACCCUACCCUCCAUUCGUAUCCACUCUGCCAUCAGCCUGCUUACAGAACCCGCACAUGGAGAGAGUGGAGUGUUUCAAAGCUGGAGACAGUCGGAUUAAUGAGGGUCUGAACCUGAUCGGUUUGCAUACAGUGUGGCUGAGGGAACACAAUCGGAUUGCAGAGGCACUGAAACGCAUCAACGGUCACUGGAGCCCGGAGACUAUUUACCAAGAAACUCGCAAGAUUAUCGGAGCUCUGCAUCAGAUCAUAACCAUGAGAGAUUACGUUCCAAAAAUCAUCGGCCAGGAGGCUUUUGAUCAUUACAUCGGACCCUAUGAGGGAUAUGAUCCCACCACAGACCCCUCAGCCUCCAAUGUGUUUGCCACCGCUGCAUUCAGGUUCGGCCACGCCACCAUCCCUCCGAUCCUCUCGAGACUGAACGAGAGCUUCCAGAAGCAUGAGCACUUCCCCCACUUGAGACUGUUCAACACAUUCUUCAGUCCAUGGAGAAUAGUCAAAGAAGGUGGAAUUGAACCAACCCUGAGAGGUGCAUUGGGAACUGCAGCAUCAGCUAUUAGCACAAACAUGCUGUUGACAGAGGAGUUAACGGAGAGGCUGAUCGUUUUAAAAGAGCCACAGUUCAUGGACCUGGCUUCACUGAACCUGCAGAGAGGACGAGAUCAUGCUCUCCCAGGAUACAAUGAUUGGAGAGCCUUCUGUGGACUGGAGCGUAUUAACACACUGGAUGGUUUCCAAGAGGUUAUGAGGAACUCAAGGGUCGCAGAGAAGAUAGCCCAAAUCUACAAACAUCCUGACAAUAUUGACGUAUGGCUGGGAGGGCUGGUUGAAUACUUGUUGCCGGGCUCAAGAACUGGUCCCCUCUUUGCUUGCCUGAUCGGAAAGCAGAUGAAAGCACUUCGUGAUGGCGAUAGGUUUUGGUGGGAGGCUGAAGGUAUGUUCAGCCAGCAACAGAGGGCUGAGCUUUUAAAAGGUUCUCUGUCUCGGAUCAUCUGUGACAACAGCGACAUAAGAGAAGUCCCUCCUGAUUCUUUCAAGUUCGGGAACUACCCUUACGAUUACGUCCCUUGUGAUCAUAUGCCAUCAAUUAAUUUGGAAGCUUGGAGAGAGGAGAAGAGCCGAGACGUGGAACAGUGUGGCACUCCAAGAAAGAUAAAGAACGGGGAUUUUAUUUUGUCCUCUACAAAUGGCAAACUGGUCGCUCUGUACUCCUGUUACCAUGGUUUCAAGUUAAAGGGUGCCGCUGCAAUAGUUUGUGAGGGAAAUCGAUGGAGUGAUCAACCCCCACAAUGUACAGGGAAUCAUCACUAGGUUGUUCCAGCGGAUCCAGAAAUGCUUCAUAGUUUUAAAACCAAGCUCAGGGAAACAUUGCUAUUCUUGCUCUUUUUUUCUCUACAAUUUAUGAUUUUCUUGAUUAAUGGUAAUGUUUUUUGAAAAAUGUAAUGAGACUUUAAUUUUUUAAAUUUUAAAUCAAAUUUAUUUUAAUGAAGAUGAUGAUUUUAUUUAACUGGUGAUGAUCUGUAACCUCUUUGACAUUUGGUAGACCUUUAUAUUAUCAAUAAUUGCAGCAAGUUGAAUUUUGUUCA